AUGGGAAAUUACCAUUUUCAAACCAUAUGCCAGUGUGCUAUUCUUCUACUUACCAUCUUCAUAGCAUUUGGAACUUAUCAAAUCCAAGGAAGGCCUUUGAAACCUCAUACUUCAUCUCAUAUUCCUUCCCACUCCUCUCUCGGUGACGGUUUCAGGGAGUCCAACGUCGGUAGCAAAGACGAUUUUCGCCCUACAACGCCCGGAAACAGCCCUGGAGUUGGCCAUCAUUCAGUUCAAAGAAGUGGCACCAUGGCUGCCAUUGCUUCUAACAACCAAUUGGUGCACAAUACGGAAGGGUUGAAGGAUGAUUUCCGACCAACGGCACCGGGACAUAGCCCUGGCAUCGGUCAUGUUCUUCAUGGCAUUGCUUCCAAACCAAAUGCUUAA